CACAAGUUUUGUGUUUGUCUGUUUACAUAAGGUCAUCAUUCCAGGGUACGAUUUGUCAAUUACUUAGUGACAUAGUCUUCUUUUCCAACGGCUCAAUACAGAUAGCAGGUCACAUUCGUGGAUGUAAAGCAAAUCAAACUGGACAUCACUAUGAUUGUGAUUCCUGUUCUUCUGCUGGUGUCGUUCAGUACCAAAACAUCUGGUCAAGGUGAAGGUCUAGUUCAAGGUGAAGGUCAAGUUCAAGGAAAAUCAUGGGACACUCUUACAAAUGACAUUAACCCGGUAACUGGAUGGGCAGAGCCACAGCCUACACCUACUGCCGACCCUAACACGUCGACCCCAGGAAGUACUGUUAGCUCUCAAUCACAGACAGAACCUACACAAAGACGGAAACAACACAAUAUGAGAGAAUCAGGGUUUAGCGCCAGUGAGAAGCAACCAUCUCUUUCUUUAGGCAAGAUGGACACUGGAACAUUCCAUUAUAAAGAAACUGAAACCAAUACGGACAAAGCGACAAAUUCAAAGAUAGAACAGUCUGCCAACGAAAUACCAGCUGUUCCUGUGCCGUAUACACCCGUAAAUAUGGAUGUACUAGAUAGUAAUCCAAAAGUUCUUAAUGCUCCAGUAGUUAUACCUGAAACUCAAAUAAUUGAACUGAAUCAUAACUCACCCCAUGCUAUAAAAGACAACCAGUCUCGGUUAUCAAAACAAACUGGUUUAUCUACUGGUAUCAAAAUACCGAUGUCACACUUCCGUAGAGCAAGUUCAGGGUCAAGGGUUGAUUCCAAUAUAAAUACUGAUAAUAAUUAUAUUAUUAUGGAACCUGUUCCAAGAGAAAAUAUUGUAGCUGCUCAGGAUAACACUUAUUCUUUGAAAUUUUUGGGUGAUAAGGAACAAAAGACAACAGACGAAAAGGUCACCAGCAAAUCCGAACUGGUUGAUGUACGUCCAGAAUAUCUCGUUGAUGUCAAAAGAAUUAACAAUGAAGUUCCACCAAUUCCUUUGACGACCACAGAAUCUGUACAGACACCAACAAUUCAAACCAACCCUCAAGUGGUUGGUAUUCCUAUAGAUGGUACAAUUAAAACAGAGGUAGGCAUUCCAGCAACAUCAAAUACAGAACAAUCAGAUAAGUCUUUUAUCAGUCAAGCUGUAGACUCAAAAGCAUUUGAACCAUUAAAAGGAACAGCACUUGAGGAACCCGUAACAGAAAUGUUAUUUGCGACAAACAUUGCAAAACAUUCGGGGACUUUAACAGAUUCAUCCAUUGUCGAUUCUAACAAGCCUUCGAGGUCAGAUAAUGAACAGAAUAUACCCAAAGAUGUACCUGCAUUCACUAAUGAAUUAGCUACGACUGAAAUGCAAACAAAUCCGAUCGAAGGAAAUAAUGUUGAAAAUAAGGUUUUGACAGAAUUAAUAGCCACUGGUAGUGAAACAGAAAGAACAACUACCGGAACCGUUUCGAAAAAUAAUGAAAUCACAAAGGCAACGGGCAGUGUAAAUUCGGGAACCUCUGAAAUGAACAACCAAACAUACAUUGAUUUCCCUAUUGAGGGACCUAUCAAGGAUACACAAUUAGCAAAUGACGUUAAUGAAUCAUCUAAAACCCCUGAAACCUACAUUGCCGCUCCAUUUGGAACUAACAAAGAGCCAGUGGUCAAAGACUUGAUAGAUCAAUCUAAAACCUUCGAAACAAUCAGUGCACCUCGAUCAAGUGGAACUGUUUUAGAAGAAUCAAAUAAAGAUACAACAUUGGACAAAGGCGUGAUUGAUCAAUCUAUAACCUCUGAAAAAAUCAGUGUACCUGAAAUAAGCGGACCUGUUGUACAAGAACCGAAUAAAGAUACGACAAUAGUAAGUGACGUGAUAGAACAAACAAUCAGUGAACAACAGUUAACUGAUAAGGCGGUUGGAGGAGCUCCGAUCGCGCCUGGUGGAUUAUCUAUUCCAAUGCCACUUGAAGACUUGCCAGCAAAUGCUGUACAAAGUAUUACCAGAGAAGGAGCAAUAGAGGAAAACCCUUCUUUAAAUGAUCACAUACCAGUGAAUGAAGGGGCCAGUUUGAAUGAGAAUGUACCUACAGCUAUUCCUCAUAGUAAUGUAGUAACAAACACUGAAGCAGUAUUUGAUACCAAUGCAGCAACAAACACAGAAGCAGUAUUAGAUAACAAAGCAGCAACAAACACUGAAGAAGAUUUGGAUAGCAAGACAUCACCAAACACUGAAGUAGUUUUGGAUAAAAACGCAGGAUCAAACACGGAAACAGUUUUAGAUAGCAAGACAUCACCAAACACUGAAGUAGUUUUGGACAAAAAAGCAGCAACAAACACGGAAACAGUUUUAGAUAGCAAGACAUCACCAAACACUGAAGUAGUUUUGGAUAAAAACGCAGGAACAAACACGGAAACAGUUUUAGAUAGCAAGACAUCACCAAACACUGAAGUAGUUUUGGAUAAAAACGCAGGAACAAACACGGAAACAGUUUUAGAUAGCAAGACAUCACCAAACACUGAAGUAGUUUUAAAUAACAAUGCAGCAACAAACAUUGAAGUUUUAGAUAGCAAGACAUCACCAAACACUGAAACUGUUUUGGAUAGCAAUACAGCAUCAAACACUGGAUCAAUUUUAGAUAGUACGGCAGCAGUAAAUAACGAAGCGGUUUUAGAUAGUAAGACAGCAGUAAACAAUGAAGCAGUUUUAGAUCGUAAGACAGCAGUAAACACUGAAACAAUUCUGGAUAAUACAGCAGCAGCAAACAACGAAGCAGUUUUGAAUAACACGGCAGCAGAAAAUAACAAAGCAGUGUUAGAUGGCAAGACAGCAGUUAACAAUGAAGCAGUUUUGGAUAGUUAUACAGCAACAGACACUGGAGCAGUAUUAGAUAGCAUGUCAACAGCAAAUACCGGCGCAGUUUUAGAUAGCAUGACAGCACCAAAAACUGAAUUAGGUUUGGAAAGCAAGACGAUACCAAAUACUGAAGCAGUUGUCGAUAACACAGCAGUCACAAACACUGAAGCACUUUUGGAUAGCAAUGCAGCCACAAACGCUGAAGCAGUUUUUGAUAGCAUGGCACUAACACACACUGGAGAAGUUUUAGUGGGCAAGACAGCAACUACUGAUGCAGGUUUAGAUAGCAAGGCAACAACAAACACUGAAUCAGUUGUGGAUGGCAAUACAGCAACAAAGACUGAAGCAGUUUUGGUUAUCAAUCCAGUAACAAACACCGAAACAAUUUUGGAUAGCAAUGUUGCAGAAAAGACUGAAGCAGUUGUAGAUAGCAAAACUGCAACAAACGCUGAUGCAGUUUUUGAUAGCAAUGCAGCAACAAACAACGAAACAGUUUUGGAUAGCAUUGUGGCAACAAAACCUGAAGCAGUUGUGGAUAGCAAAGCUGCAACAAACGCUGAUGCAGUUUUUGAUAGCAAUGCAGCAACAAACACCGAAACAGUUUUGGAUAGCAUUGUGGCAACAAAACCUGAAGCAGUUGUGGAUAGCAAAGCUGCAACAAACGCUGAUGCAGUUUUUGAUAGCAAUGCAGCAACAAACACCGAAACAGUUUUGGAUAGCAUUGUGGCAACAAAACCUGAAGCAGUUGUGGAUAGCAAGUCUAUUUCAAUCGAUCAGGCACAAACAUUGGAUGCAACAGUACCUGAAGGUACAAUUACAAAGUCUCAAAAUGUUGAGGCUAUUGUUAUUCCAGCGACCUUAUAUGAAGACAACUUACUCAAAAGCGAACAGGUAGCAGCUUCUGGCGUUAUACAUACAAAUUCCUUGGAUAAAUCGGAUACUUCAUCUGUAAGUAAUUUGGGUCAAUCUCUUGAAUCUAAAACUGUAGAUUCACAACAAUCUGAUCUGCUUGGAGGUACUAAAGAAAAUCUACAAAAUACCCUUGCUGUCUCGCAAGUUACUGAGGAGGCAUUCACAGACAAGUCAAGCCAACCUAAAAGUCAUCAAACAAAAUCUGUUCAGACUUCAGAUCAACUCGUAGGUAAAGAGGGAGUGGUUGUAUAUAUGCCCAGUCAAUCCGAAACUGCUACUGAAACAGGUUUGGAUCAGCCAGACACAUCUGUAUUAAUCAAAGAGGUACCUGUGGUACAAUAUAAAGCAACUGAUACGGUGUCAGAAACUUCUACAUUAACUGACGGCAUUAUACCGGUCACAGCGGAAAAGGACAUUUCGGAAAAAUCCUUCACCCAAACUACAAAUCUUGAAUCGACAAUCCCAAUGGAAACUGAAGGUCAACAGACAAUGUCUGAGCAGUCAACCAGCUUUAAAAUAGGCGACGAACAGUUACUAUCUAACAACAAACCUCUAGUGGAAGGAUCUCCAUCAAUUGAUCAUACCGUGAUAUCUAAAGAUGUCGAUGGGGUCGUUAUUAAAGAGUUGUCUCCAGAAACAGUUAAUGUCGAUUUAGUGUUUUCCGCCACACCAGAUAAAGUAGAUAUCAUACCAGCAGCUGAUGAGACAACAACAGUUAAGAAGAUUGAUGAAACUCCACAGUAUGAGAUAAAAGGUAUUACAAAUACAGAAAAGUAUGACCUGCCACUCGAAACAUCAAAACAUACAGACGCUACUAAACCUAUGAUAACGACUACCUUAUCACCAUCUAUUGCUAGUGAAUCGUUAACUUUGGAUGAACAAAAUAUAAAAACUGAAUCAACUAAUAUAACAGACACUAUCUUACCUGAAAUAAAAACUACCGUAUCACCAUUCAUUGGUAGUGAAUCACCAUCAGUACCAAUAAUUGAUGAACAAAAUAUAAAUACUGAAUCAACUAAAAUAGCAGACACGACUGUACCUGUUAUUAAAAUUACCGUAUCACCAUUCAUUGGUAGUGAAUCACCAUCAGUACCAGUAAUUGAUGAACAAAAUAUAAAUACUGAAUCAGAAAAAAUAGCAGACACUACUGUACCUGAUAUAAAAACUACCGUAUCACCAUUAAUUGGUAGUGAAUCACCAUCUGUACCAGUAAUUGAUGAACAAAAUAUAAACACCGAAUCAGCUAAAAUAGUAGACACUACUGUACCUGAUAUAAACACUACCGUAUCACCAUUCAUUGGUAGUGAAUCACCAUCUGUACCAAUAAUUGAUGAACAAAAUAUAAACACCGAAUCAGCUAAAAUAGCAGACACUACUGUAUCUGAUAUAAAAACUACCGUAUCACCAUUCAUUGGUAGUGAAUCACCAUCAGUACCAAUAAUUGAUGAACAAAAUACAAAUACUGAAUCGGCUAAAAUAGCAGACACUACUGUACCUGAUAUAAACACUACAGUAUCACCAUUCAUUGGUAGUGAAUCACAAUCUGUACCAGUAAUUGAUGAACAAAAUAUUAACACCGAAUCAGCUAAAAUAGCACCAGCAAGUAGAUUAGUUGAGCAGAAACAGGAAGUUGUUGAUUCAACGGCUACUGAACCAAUACAAAUCAACACAGUACUACAAACUGAAGGAACUGAGAAAGCAAGUAUUGAACCUGUCUAUACAACAAUCGAAAACCCCGAUUUACUUGUAAAAAACAAUAUGCAAGGUAAAGCAACCGAACAACAAAUGACAAUUAAAGAUCCGGAAGUAGUUGUUACAGAAAUAAAACAGACCGAAAAACAAACACUUGAACCACGUGACAAACCAACAAUUGAAGAAACACAAAAAACUGCAUUACCAGAAACAUACGUCACUGAUACAGGACCCGAAAAACCUCAACUGAAGCGAAGACUUGAAACAACCGACGUCAGAGUGACCGGGUUAAAACCUGAAAAAACAUCAAGAGUAGCAACGAGGACAAUGGAAACAACGAACGAACUCUCAAGGGAUUUAUAUGACAGAAGUAUGCAGAUUCAUCAAAGACAACAGCAGAUGAGCAAUAAAUUUGACAUGUCCAGAGGGGCUGAAAAUACACAACAAGACAGAAAACAUAAUCUAGUGGGAGAAUAUGAACCAGAAUUCAGUUCUCCAGCUUUAGAAACAUUGUGUGGCAAUAGUAUGUUUAUUGACGGAAUUGGUUAUGCUGAGUAUCCUGGGUAUUGCGAUAAAUUAGUUCAAUGUUUCCAUUCCGAUGGAAAAGUUGUUGCGGUGCAAAGAGAAUGUCCCUACGGAUAUUUCUGGCAUCAGGACCAAGUACUUUGUCGACCACCUGCAGAGGUUCCUUGUUAUGAUGAUCCAUGUUUGGAUAUAGAUAUGGUACAAUACAACAGAACAGGUGGAUGUCGUUCUUACUAUCGUUGUGACUACGGAAUAUCUGUUCCUAUGUGUUGCGAGAAAGGCUACCGUUAUAACAACUAUGGGUGUGUACCGGACCCAACAUGCCGGGACAACUGUUUGACCCCUUAUGAUAUUGAAAAUAGAAUGCGAUUUCAAGCAUGUAAAUUCUUACCUGAUGAAUACAAUCCACACGGUUAUCUAACUUUGGAAUAUAAUGGAUUAAGAAUUCGAGCUUGUCCAGAAGGAACUGUAUUCAGUGCAAGACAGUGUGGAUGUAGAAGAGGAUCAGGACCGAUGCGUAGUGGUAGACGUAGAAUGAGAGUUUCUUAUUCAGAAUGUCAGCCAGAUUUCUAUAUGAAUUUCAACUACGGAUUCAAGGAGUUGUCAGGUUCCAAUAUGGCGUUCGAUGUACACAAUGUUGUUAUCAAUGAUGGAGCUGCACAAUUCAAUGGAAAUGGGCGCAUAACUCUGUGGGGAUUUAUGAAUAAAGAACUUGGAACGAAAUUGGCCAUUCGAUUACGAUUCAAACCGGAUCCAAAAGCAACAGAAAAGGGAAAUUUGAUUUCGAACUGUGGCAUGACGGGAACUGCAACAGUUGCAAUAGGAUUAGAAAAUCAUAAAGUGAAAUUAGUAGCCAAAAGUAACAGUUUUAGUAGAAGAACAUUUAUCACAAGUCAUUUCGAUCCAUACUCUUGGAAUGACUUAACAUAUGUGUAUGAUGGUAACAGUUUCGUUGCGUCAAUAGAUGGUUAUAGAUCUAGAAAGCCGUUGGGAGGUAUGCUAGAAACAAGAUCAAAUGCUAUUGUAAUAGGUGGUUGUCCUAAACCUGGUUCAGGAUACACAGGUUUAAUAGAUAGUAUUGAAGUAUUUAGUGGUUGUAUUCCAAGACAUAUUUACAAACCUCGUAAACAACGGUGAAAUCCUUAAAACAUUUUUAACGGAGCUGGUUCUUUGUUAAUUUAUGUGAUAGAAUAACAGUCUUAGGACCAACAGUUGAGCAGUUUUACGUAGAAUGACAUUUGAUUGAAUUUCAUAUGACAAGAACGAGUGAAUUUGGAUUUUCUUGUUUUCUGAAUUUAAGAGAUUUUAACAACCACUUAUUUCUGAGAAAAAAAUGUCCCAUUCAGAAUUAAGUUUUGCAUUUUCGCGAGUAGUAAUAGUCUGCAGGUAGAUUAUCGUAUUAUCAUAUAUGCACCUUUCGAUAUUUUAUAUUAAUCACAUCACUAUAUAUGUCCACGGAAACUCUGUUUGGUGUAUGCCCAUCAAACAUUUUACCCGGUAUACUACAUAUAUCCGAAAGACCGCACAUUAUAUCGUGAACAAGCAAUUUUUUUUAUAUUGUUAUUUUAUAAUAUAUUGUUGUUACUUCAUUUCUCAUUUUUUAUCAUUUUUAUGCAAAUAAAACAGUAUUACAUGCCUA